GCCUCUUACGACGAGGAGGCUGGCAUACUGGACUUUAGCAACCCACAAGACCAGCACAGGUUCAUCACCGUCUUCAAGAAAGCACACAUGGAGAUAGCCUCACAGAUGACGAAGGAUGUAGUGACGCCCGACGAAGAGGCCGAAAAGCACCAAGCAGCCGGAGUGGGGAGCUUGGAAGACAAGCCAGAACUGGUGGAUCUGCAAGCACAUGUCGAGAAACGCUGGGAGCAGGAGAUGGAAUCAGAAGCGCUGGGAAUCGUCGAAGAUCCCCAGGCGCAAAGCACGGUGCAGACGAUUCAAGACAAUUUGAAUCGCGAGCUGGAGAAAUCGAGCCAUCCUGCGGAGGAGAUUUGGCUGGAUGCUUUGCUGACAGUCUUGGAAGAUGCAAACGCGCUGGAGAAGCUCCAGAAGCUCUUCCUUCCCCGGCCGAUGAUUGAGCCGAAGAAGGCCCACGAGUGGAGCGCCUUCAUCCGGAAGAAACUGAUUCUGGAGCGGCGGCUCAACCAUUUCCUCCGCUGGCUGCAGGAGGAGGCCCGCGUGAAGCACUACGAGUACGUCCGGGAGAUGGCGGUAUCCAAGGAGCGAGUUCUCAAACAGCAGUCCUUGGUCCUGACGGACUACCUUCAGACGUUGGACGUCCAGAUCGAGAAGCUGACAGCAGAAAUCAACCUCUUGGACAAAAAGAAUUUGUCCAUGAGAGCUCAUGUUUCACCACUCCUGUAG